AUGGAUUCUUCUACCUUUACUAUUGAAGAAGCAAAAGAGCUAUUAGAAGCCCAAAAUAAUAUAUGGAAACACACUUUCUACUACCUCAAAUCUAUGGCCUUAAAAUGUGCCCUUCAACUUGACAUUCCAGAUACUAUUCAUAAACAUGGAAAGCCCAUGUCUUUGAAUGAACUAGCCACUUCACUUCCAAUUCACCCCAAUAAUAUUCCUUCCCUUAAUCGUCUAAUGCGUAUUCUAGAAUCUUCUAACUUCUUCUCCAAGAAGCUUCUAGAAGAUGGACGAUAUGGCCAUAUGGGAUUACAGGAGAAAGCUUCAAGUAAUGUUAAGUUUGUAGCAGUUUAUAUGUUUGAAGCUGUUCCUCAUGCUGAUGCUGUCUUACUUAAGGUUCAAUCUUCUUUGUAUUUGCAAGUUUGUGUGAGAUUGACAUUAAAGGUUCAAUCUUUACUUUGA